AUCGAUACGGUGAAGGUCAAGCUGGCCAAGGUUGUCGGAACACACAAUAUAUGGAACAAUGUCCAACACAUUUGAAGUUGCUGAAUUGGCUGAAGAAUUCGAUGAAGAUAAAAGUUUUGAGGCUGUCGAGCCAUGUCUUAAAUUCAAAUCUAUAGAACAUGGUUUAUGUGACAUAACUUCCAUAGAUUCCAUCACUUGUGUGGCAGUGCAUGGGAAAUUUAUUGCAGUUGGAACACAAUUAGGACGUAUUCAUUUACUGGAUCACAGUGGUUUUCCUGUUGAAAAUGGAUUUUAUGGCGUGCAUACCGGACCUGUUAAUGCAAUUAGUAUAUCGGAGCAAGGUUAUUUUAUUGCUAGUUGUGGAGAAGAUGGACUUUUAGUGAUAUAUAAUUUAUCCUCGAUAUUACCUAAUCAAGUUAGCAAUUUCCAGUAUCCUAUCAAAGCGGUUGCUAUUGCUCCAGAUUUUGAAAAAUCUAAUAAUUUGGUUGUUGGCUUUAACAAGAUAUAUCUGCUUUCAAAAGGUAUGUUUACCAAAGCAAAACACGACGAGCUUGCUAAAGUUCAUGGCUUGGUUAGAACAAUCAAAUGGCAUUGUGAAAUCAUCUUGUGGGCUGAUGAUAAAUGUAUAUGUGUUUACGAUAUUCGUGAUCAUCGUCCAAUUACUUUUAUUCAGUUCACUAAUCCUAAUGAUGAAAUAAAUAAUUUACCUACUAUGUGUAGUCUUUGUUGGUGUACAGAAAAUUGUUUUUUAAUUAGUCGAGGACACUCAAUUCGUAUUUGUCAAAUUUCGGAUCGGACUAGUAAUUCUGAUCAUUCAUUGCAUUCCAGCAAUUCUUCAUUGACUCAUCAGUCGUCUCAAAGUUUAUCAUCAGUUGAAUGUCGUAUUGGUUUGCCAAGUCGUUAUGUUGAAAUCGUACAUCAAAUUAAUAUGAAUAAUUCUAUUAUUAUUCAUAGUGUUUCAAGACAUCAGACAUGUAUUCUACUCUUAUUUAAUGUUAUUAAUGACUUGUCUAAAUCAAACUAUGAAAUAUCUGUUCUUGAUAUUGAUUUAGAUUCAAUCAGUAAUAAUUCAAUUUCAUCUAAUCAGCAAUAUAAAGAAAUUUAUCAUAAAAGUUUAUCAAUGAAAUCAACUGCUUCAUCAUACAUUGUCGGCUUAGUUAGUGUACCUCAUGAAAAUACUCAUUAUAUAUUUUCAAGAAAAGAGCUAUUUUGUGCACAAGAACUAACCCUUGAUGAUCGUAUUGAUUGGUUCCUUGAAAAUAGUUUAUUUUCUAAAGGACUUGAAGCUGCUCAAGAACAUCCACGAUUGUUGACUCGUCAUACAGUUCAAUCUAUUGGCAUAACGUAUAUCGAUCAUUUACUAAGUGAACGUCAUUUUAUUGAAGCUGGAAUACUUUGUGCACAAGUUUUAUCAACUAAAGAAGCUUGGGAAGAACAAGUUCGAAAAUUCUUAAAUAUCGAUCAUUUAGAGGCUAUUGUACCUUAUCUACCUGUUAGUGGUGAGGAGAAGUCUGUGAAACUCAAUUCUUCCACAUACGAAUUAAUUCUUACCGAUUAUAUGAAACGAAUGCCUAUUCAGUUUGCUCAGUUAUUAACGGAAUGGUGCAAAUUAGGCGUUGUUGAUAUUAGUGAAAAUUUUCUCCAAACUUUACUAAACCGUAUUGAACAGUAUAGUUCUUUAUCUGAAUCUGUUGAUCUAACCAAAUUAGAUACAGAUGUACAAGCAUUAUAUCGUGGUUUAGCAAUAAUAUAUGAACAAAUGGGAUCUUUUGAACGAGCAAUAAAUAUAUUAGUUCGUCUACGCGAUCCAGAAGUAUUUACGCUUGUUAAAUGUAAUAUUGCCAAACUUAAAGAUCGUCGGCUAGUGGAUAUAUUAAAAGACCAUUUGAUUUAUUUUAUGGAGUUAAAUACAACAAAAGCGAUUAAUAUGUUAAUGGAUCAUAUUGACCAAGUUUCAAUUGAUUACGUAGUCAAUCAACUUAAUUCGGAUUCUAUGUUACUUUAUCAAUUUUUAGACAGCGUUUACUAUCGAUAUCCACAAAUUAUUGGCCCAUAUUUGACUCUUCUAAUGUCCUUAUACAUCAAAUUUUGUCGAAGUAAACUGCUACCUUUGUUGAAGUCUACAGAUCGAUAUCCUCUAAGUGAAGCCCUAAGCUUAUGUGAACGUGCAAAACUUGUACCAGAAACUGUUUAUCUGCUGACUAGAGUUGGGAGACGUCACGAUGCAUUACAAUUAAUUAUGACGAGGGUAGGUAAUCCCUUUUGACAAAUUAGAUCCCAUAACUUAUUCUUUAUAAUUAAUAAGAGCGUAUUCUUUAUUUUAGUAAACUUUGGGGGCAAAUAAAUCCACUGGUUUAAUUGAAUGAAUAGAAUUUUAUUCUUUGGGCCGAUAAACCAUUUUGAAGCAGGUUUGAACAUUUUAUGUCAUAUAGGUAAUCAGUUACUUUCGAACUUAUACUUAAUAAAACCCACAUAUAUACGAGAAUGCAGAGCGGUCAUCAAGCUCCUCUAAUAACUAUACCUCGAAAAUUACUCUUAAUAAAAUUUAUGAUUGAUAUCAUUUGGUUGUAGUAACCCAUUAUAUAGAUAGACUUUUUAAAAUACUGUCGUUGAGAUUAACUUUUGUUCAUCAAAAAAAUGCUGCAAACGAUUUAGAAAGUGUAUUUACCAAUAGUUCAGGUUCUCAUGUAAAUGUAGUACCAAUUGAAAAAUAACAUUUGCGAAGUAUGGUUGCGUAAUACAAAUCUUAUUAAAUAUUAUUUUUAAAUUUUAAGACAACUUAUGUUUACAAUUUUUUGAUCGUAAUAAUGUAUUAUCCCCUGUGAAAUUUGAGUUUUUCUACUGAGUAGUAGAUAUCUCCAUAUGUUUAGAAUAGAAAUCAGUAACACUACUAGGUUAUUACUUCAUUAAUGUUUAUAUUGUAUUGUGUAGAUUUGUGCAGGAGCUUAGACUGAUUGACGAGUUGUUAUACCGUUUAAUCACCACAAUAUGACUGCAUCUAGUCACAGAGUAUUUUAUGUUAUUAUAUAAUCGAUUCGGUGUAUUCUUUCUAAUGACACUAAGCUUUAUAUUGUGUGACGACAGUUUAGUUGUCACUAUUUAGGACGUGUACUGUUGAUCAUAACCUAUGUACAAUGUUGUCUAAGAUCACUUAUUUUUAAAAAUACUCUUGAAUUUGUUAACUGUCCAUUGCACUUUUGUACAUAAAGAUGAAGUUGAAAGAAAGCUGUAGUCGCCUGUUCUUAACGAACAACUGAGCUAUCACUUCUGUGACAUCCCAUCUUUUCUUUUAACUUCAAACACCAUUGUUAUAUCCGAGCGAAGAUUAAAUUACAGGUAACUCCCGAGGACUAUUAGUGGACUAAUAUUCUAUAAAUAUUCUUAUUGUAAAACUAUUCAAUCAUUAGAUUACGUAUAUUUAUAUCCCUCUGAUUAUAAGCUUUAUUUUGACCUAUAAUUUAUUAUUGUACGAUUUACGGUUCUUAAACUAUGUUCAGUCUAUUAAUUACUGUCCCCCUCGUUCACAGCCACUUUUUGGCUUAUUUGUGUACAUAUGUUAUUUCCUAAUUUAUGGUGUGUUGUGGUCUGUCUGUUUGAUAUAUAAACCGAGUAUGUUUGAAAUAAACGAUCUGCUCUGAUUCGAAGCUGGUAUUGUGUUCUGGACUCAAGUGGAAGGGCUCGUAGGACAUAGGACCAAUACGGACGCUAGACUGCCCACACCGGUUGAACGUCAUUGGUUGGCCUAGUGUGAAAUUCGUAUAAGUCGUAUCCGGAUUGGUCGAUAGGUCGCGUGAUAGCAAAACCAGACAUACCCAAGAUCAUAACAACCAUCCCUAUGAACACAACUAAAAUUUCCAUAGUCAACUCAUAUAGUCUCUUUAAUGAAAUACGCGACUUCCACUAGUCGAUAUUUGUUUUACCAAUGCGUUGUUUACAUUUCAUUAUACAGGGAGGCGAAGACUCGUCACUUGGAGAGUCUACAACUCCGGAACAACGCCAAGCUAUAGCUGCUGCAAAGUCGAUCGAAUACUGCCGAGAAGAAGAUGGUAUCCACGCGAAAAAUCGUCGCCCUUUCCAUAGACACCGUAGUAUGAAUAAUUCAAAUUGUAGCAAGGAUUGCGAUGAAGACGAAGGUGAUGAAAAUGCCGGUGAACUAUGGCAACAGGUUAUUUUAUUUGCGGCGGAUAAACCUGCUUUCAUAUGUGCAUUACUACAAAAUGCAGGCUGUGAAGGUCUUGAUUCACGUCUGCUACUACGUAAAAUAUCACCAGACAUGACUAUACCUGGACUCCGUGAUGCAAUAGUCAAGCUUAUGCAUGAUUACAAGAUUCAACUUGAACUGCAGCAAAGCUGUUCACGCAUUUUGUCAUCAGACAUGCAUCAGUUAUUCUUACGUGUUAUCAAAAUGCAAAUGAAAGGAAUUCGUGUGAAUUCAAGUGCUUGGUCCUCUACUGGAUGUACAGUGUGUCUGCAACCUAUAUUGAACAAUAACGGGCAAUCAUGGCGAAGUACAAAUCAAUUAAAAUGUGAUGUGAAUAGUCAAAGCAACGAAGAAAAUCAUCGAUCAUGGGCAAUUUUCAAUUGUAGUCAUAUUUGCCAUGGAGACUGCUUGUCUAAUGGAGAAACAAAAUGCCCUUCGUGCUCAAAAUCACGUAUAAUAUAAUCCGUACUGAUAAUUGACAAAAGCUCUGAACUUUGUGAUUUAUUUUACCAUUUUAAUUUACAAAAAGGAAAAUAUUCCGCAGACUAUUUUUUUUAUUUAAAGUUUAAUCAUUAUUUUUUUUCUUUUCAAUACAAAAAAAAGCAAAUUAUUUUUAUUUUUGAAGUCAAUUUAUUGUUUUAUGUAAAAUUUAUAAAAUAUGAACAAAAUUAAAGUAAAUUAAUUAGCAA